AUGGAUACAUUCACCCAUCGCGGGGUCAACUUCUUUCGCUUGUUCUUGAUCUUCGCCCUCCUUGUUUCACUCUUUUGCUUUCGGGAUCUUUGGCUACCCACCGGAAACGAUGAAUACCUCAGCAGCAGUCCUAUACCGCGACCAACACAGCAACAUCUUGCAGACCAAUUGAUCUUUGAUACGACUACCCCUCCACCUUCACCCUCAACCGAAGCACUACCAGCGCCGACCAUUCUACAUCCAGCCCUCAUCGCACAACCCCAUGAACAUGAGGAGAUUAAAGACUUCUAUCCUCCUCCGCCACCGCCACCUUCCCAAGAUGACUGCCGCAACCUCCCAGGAGCCGACAAGAUCAUGGUCAUGCUAAAGACUGGCGCCACCGAAAUUUAUUCUAAACUUCCCACCCAUCUCCUCACAACAUUCACUUGCAUCCCAAACUACAAAAUCUACUCCGAUCUGGAACAAACGUUCGGCAACACACCCAUCACGGAUGUCAUCCAUCCUGUCAGCCAGCAUCUCCGCGAAACCCACGAAGACUUCAAUCUAUAUCGAGACCUCCAAAAAUGGCAACGAGAAGGCCAAGAUCUCAGCAAACUGAAAGGCGACCAUGGCUGGAACUUGGACAAGUGGAAGUUCCUCCCCAUGAUCCACGAUGCUUUCGAAUCCGCKGGUCCCGAAAUCGAAUGGUUCGUUAUGAUCGAAGCGGACACCGCUCUCUCCUGGUUGAAUCUUCUUCCCUGGUUACAGACCAUGAACCCAAAGGAACAGCACUAUCUCGGCUCGCAGAAUGUCAUCGGUGACACACGGUUCGCUCAUGGAGGGAGUGGCAUCAUCAUUUCUCGCGCUGCGUUGGAAACUCUCGAAGAGGCCCGCAGUAGUAUAGGCAAGGCAUACUACGAUGAGAGAUGGGAAGAGGCGACUUCGCAUUCCUGCUGCGGAGACGCAAUUCUCGCGGAGGCUCUCAAAGCUGUCAACGUCUCUCUCACCGGAGCCUGGCCUGUAAUUCAAGGCGAGACGAUCAGCUCGAUUGAUUUUAGCGAGAGAAACUGGUGUCAUGUUCCUACGACGUGGCAUCAUGUUUCGCCUAUCCAGGUGGAUGCUCACUGGCAGUUUCAGGCCAAGUGGGCAAAGGACCGGGGAUGGCAGACUCCGUUCCUGUACAGAGACAUCUUUGAGAAGUUUGUCGCUGACCACGUCUCGGUCAACAGAACGAAAUGGAAUAACCUCAGCAAGGACGUCAAGCUAACAGCGCCGGAGUUGGUUAGUGAUGAUCAGAAGGAGAAUGAUGGAAAGGCGUUUGCAGAGUUGGAGGAGUAUGAACAGAGAGCUGUGCAAAGCCAGGAGGAUUGUGCGGAAGCUUGCCACAUCAAAGGGAGGGAACAGUGUGUCCAGUGGAUGUGGACUGAGGGGAGAUGUCAUUUGGGAAAGGAUGUGAGAUUAGGGAGCAGUGAUGAGAAGAACCAAAUUGAGGUUAAAAUCGGAGAGAGGAUGGAGAGGGGGUACUGGAAUUGUGGGUGGGUGCAGCCUGCCGUGAAGAGGUUGUUGAGUGGGAGGUGCGAGGGAAGGGCAUUUUGA